AUGUUCAUAUCGUGCAUAGGCUCUCUUAAGACUUGUAUUGUAGCUGACUUUAAAUCUUUUGAUGCAGAUCUCAUGCAAGCGGUGCGGCGUCCCGGUUUCUCUUCGGUUUCUCUUCUCUAA